AUGGCGACGAACUCUCAAGAGCAUGUUGCAGCACACGCAGGUCCUGACCUCACAAAAUCGCCCACGCCUCCGAACGAUGAUCCAAUGGGUAUGGCUACCAUGAAGAAAAUCAAGCAAGUAAGGGAACACGGAGUCUUGCAGGUAUCCAUCGAACCACUUCCUGGUGCUCCUGCGGAUGAUCAGGAUUCGUCUGCUAUUGUCCUUGAUUCUAGCGAAAUGCUUGCAAUGCUUAAAUCGAUAGGACACUCUCUGAACCCAGAGUAUCCCGCAUCCUUUGUCCCCACCUUUAAAUCAAAUUGGCGUGCCAAGACGACUGACCCCUCUUCAUUCGAGAAGGCCUUGGUCGGCUGGGCCGAUUCUGGGAACAAGGCGACUGCUGAUGGCUUCGAGGUUGAAGGCGAUGUGGAGGCUGGUCUCGGCAAGAACGUCGAUGAGAAGGUCAAUGCCUGUAGCCGGGAGGCAGAUGAUAUUAGUAUGGAGGAGAUAGUCUCGGGCUCUUGCAUGAUGGGAACAUCGAAUCCAGCGACAGAAGCACCAUGGAAAGCAAAUGCACGAUAA